UGUUGGAAGGGUAUAUAUCUCUGCGCAGCCGCAGUUAGGUAUAUUUCAUCAGGCCCAGUGAUGGCGUCGUCCAUGAGCGGUAUGUUUCCCGGUCAGCAACCGCCAAAUCCACACACCGUCCCUGGAGCGGGUGCACCGGGCCAACCCGGAUUCCCCGGUACGGCGAACCGGAGCCAGGGAAACAACACGCUGGUGGAUGAACUGGAGGCGUCUUUUGAGGCAUGUUUCGCAUCAUUGGUAAGCCAGGACUAUGUCAAUGGCACCGACCAGGAAGAGAUCCGAACCGGUGUGGAUCAGUGCAUCCAAAAAUUCCUGGAUGUGGCCCGGCAAACAGAGUGCUUCUUCCUGCAGAAAAGGCUCCAAUUAUCUGUGCAGAAACCAGAGCAGGUGGUCAAAGAGGAUGUGUCGGAGCUUCGCAACGAGCUGCAAAGGAAAGAGAUGCUGGUUCAGAAGCACCUGUCCAAACUGCACCAAUGGCAACAAGUGCUGGAGGACGUGAGCGGGCAGCAUCGCAAGCCCUCGGACCUCCCGCCCCCAGGACCGCUAGGCUUCAUAGAGCAGCCGUCGGCUAGUAUGGCCCCUGCCCCUUUAAAGCCAAACUAACUGGGUAGGAGAAGUGCUUUAACAAAGAAGCGCUCGGAUUUGGACUACUCUUGCAUGUUAAAAUGAGCUGAACGACUGCGGGAGCGAAUGAAUUAAACCGGGCAAGAGGAGACCGCCUACAACAUGAACUGAACAUUUGCAACACAUUAUUUUGCUACUUCCAUGGAAACAAGGCGUGAAAUUAUGACUUGACUCAGUUGGCAUGAAUUCACUAAACCAGUUUCCAUGAAACUAUGGACUCACAUUUUGGUGAAGCAUGAGGAAGUCAUGUUUACUUUUUGCCGUGUGCUCUGUGGUCAAACGAAGCAGUGACCAACCAGAUCGAGCUGAAAAGAUAACCAGCCGCGAGAGAGACAGUACACAACACCGUCCCCUACUGGACUGGGGUGGAACUUAUUGACAGGCCCAUUGUGAUUUUUCAAUUAAUUACUCUAUAGCAGUGGCCCCCAAACUACGGCCCGUGGGCCGGAUGCAGCCCGCCAGCGUCCAAAAUCCGGCCCGUGGGAAGUCCCAAGUUAAAAAAAGUUUUUUUUUUUUUUUUUAUCUGUCCUUUUCUAAUCCAUUUUUUUACCACUUUUUACUCUCGUGGUCUCCUAGCCGCUCAGGCAAAUCAUAUUGUCUAAAAAUGCAUUUUCCCAUCGAUAACGUGACAUUAUCAUCGGCAUGCUUUUUCAAUCAAUUAGUGCGCUAUACAGUACCGUUCAAAAGUUUGGGGUCACCCAAACAAUUUUGUGGAAUAGCCUUCAUUUCUAAGAACAAGAAUAGACUGUUGAGUUUCAGAUGAAAGUUCUCUUUUUCUGGCCAUUUUGAGCGAUUAAUUGACCCCACAAAUGUGAUGCUCCAGAAACUCAAUCUGCUCAAAGGAAGGUCAGUUUUGUAGCUUCUGUAACGAGCUAAACUGUUUUCAGAUGUGUGAACAUGAUUGCACAAGGGAUUUCUAAUCAUCAAUUAGCCUUCUGAGCCUAAGAGCAAACACAUUGUACCAUUAGAACACUGGAGUGAUAGUUGCUGGAAAUGGGCCUCUAUACACCUAUGUAGAUAUUGCACCAAAAACCAGACAUUUGCAGCUAGAAUAGUCAUUUACCACAUUAGGAAUGUAUAGAGUGUAUUUCUUUAAAGUUAAGACUAGUUUAAAGUUAUCUUCAUUGAAAAGUACAGUGCUUUUCCUUAAAAAAUAAGGACAUUUCAAUGAACGGUAGUGUGUGUAUAUAUAUAUAUAUAUAUAUAUAUAUAUAUAUAUAUAUAUACACACACACACCCCUGCUCUAUUGUAUGAAAGUAUUAGUGCCAUGCUUACAUUUAUGACAGUAAAAAUUGAAUUAUGAGGAAAAAGUAAUUUUCAAGACUUGUAUUUUUUCUUGAAAUAUUACAAAUGUACUUUUUCAAAAUCACCCCCCUUUUUUGGUAAAAUAUUUGUUUCCUUGUCAUUCUUUCAACUUAAUUUCCCUUAGUAUUUGGUUUUACUCCUUGUAUCUUUUCAUACAUUUUUUCUUCUCUUUCUUUUUACUGUACAAACAACAUAUUGCGGUAUUCCUUCACUCUGGACUUUGUGUUUUUGUACACCAGUGCAGAUAUUAAAAUGCUGACAUUUAAAAGAAAGCCAGGUUCUUCCUGUGGUGUAACUUACUUGAACGUUAAAGAUGGCGCCACAUCAUAAAAAUAAUGAACGCUGACAGGCUGAUGCAUCAAAUGUAUUCAGCGACUUCACACUAUGACAGACUUGUUUUUGCCUGCUUCACAGCUGUCACCAUUCCAGAAACUACUAGCCUUCUACAGUAUUACACAAAAGUCAGUACACUCCUCACCCGUUUCGUGCACAAGGGACAAUACCAUAAAACAGUGAUUCUCAAACUGGUAUGUUUACCACAAGUGGUACGCCAAAGAAUCACUUGAUUAAAGUACAGUGUUUUAUUUUCCUGGAUUCUGUGUGUAGUAUUACAGUGGCCUAAAAUAAUACACUCAUUAAAUAACAACUCUGCCUUGUUGUUAAUGCAUACUUAGACCUACUAUGCUACUGUAUUUUAAUGUUGGUCAUUAUAGGGGUACUUGGAGAGGCGAGUUUUUUUGAGGUGGUACUCCAACUAGAGGUUCGCCAAAUAUCUGUUUCUCGGAAGACACGAUCGGUUCAUACAUGCGCGAAGACUACGUCACUACGACAGCAAAGACUUACUGUGGAGCAAAGAGGACGUCCACAAUGUACAUCCCAACAUGACAAAACAAUCAACAAUGUCCCCACAAAGAAGGAUAAAAACAACUGAAAUAUUCUUGAUUGCGAAAACAAAGUAGAUGCGGGAAAUAUCGCUCAAAGGAAGACAUGAAACUGCUACAGGAAAAUACCAAAAAAGAGAAAAAGCCACCAAAAUAGGAGCGCAAGACAAGGACUAAAACACUACACACAGGAAAACAGCAAAAAACUCAAAAUAAGUCACGACGUGAUGUGACAGGUCGUGACAGUACACCUACUUUGAGACAUGAGCUACAUUGAUGCAUGGUUGGUUAUGGUUUAAAGCAGACCUGGGCAAAUUAAGGCCCGGGGGCCGCAUGUGGCCCGUUGAGCUUUUCAAUCUGGCCCGCCGGACAUUCCAAAAUAAUUUUUUUAGAUCUUUAAGACGGAAACUGCAGCUGCCAUUAUGAUGUGCAGUCAUGUUUUCUAAUGACCGUAAGUCUUGAACUAUACAAAGUAUUUCAAUGGUUGGAAUCUGCGCUUAUGGAUGAUAUACCAGUUACUAUGGUAAUCUAAUUAGUUACUAUGGUAAUCUAAUUAGUUACAAUGGUCAUCUAAUUAGUUACUGUGGUAAUCUACGUCACAGCAGCUCAGACGAGGCACCAAGCAGUGCGGGCGGGAAGCGUUUCCACAGACGCGGAAGGAGAUUUUCACAACAAAGUUCUAAAGCUUAGUGAUGUAUAGAAUAGAAUAGAGUUUAAUAGAAUAGAAAGUACUUUAUUGAUCCCUGGGGGAAAUUCAGCAAAUAUCAGAUUGUAGGUGGGGGUUUUUUUGUACCCUUCGCGUUCAUAUUUCACUGUUUGUUGCAUUUUAGUUGCGUUUCACUUAAUUGUCAAAUAUGUCGAUUCGAAGGUGGUGUGACGUUCAUAUUUUGUCAAUAUUCAGUGUUUUAUUGUUCAUAGAAAAAUUUUAAAUUCCAUUACGUUUUUUAAGGCGGUCUGUCAUAAUGUUUUUAUCAUUCAAUCAGACAUUAAUGUGAGGUUUUGUAUUAGUGUUCCUAAAAAUAGAUAUACCGGCCCCCAGACACAUUUUUUCUCUAAAAUGUGGCCCUCGAGUCAAAAUAAUUGCCCGGGCCUGGUUUAAAGUCAUAUCCAACAAUUGCGACAACGACUUUUUACUAGGGAUGUCCGAUAAUGGCUUUUUUCCGAUAUCCGAUAUUCCGAUAUUGUCCAACUCCUAUUUACUGAUACCGAUAUCAACCGAUACCGAUAUAUACAGUCGUGGAAUUAACACAUUAUUAUCCCUAAUUUGGACAACCAGGUAUGGUGAAGAUAAGGUCCUUUUUAAAAAAAUAAAAUAAGAUAAAUAAAUUCAAAACAUUUUCUUGAAUAAAAAAGAAAGUAAAACAAUAUAAAAACAGUUACAUAGAAACUAGUAAUGAAUGAAAAUGAGUAAAAUUAACUGUUAAAGGUUAGUAC